UCGACUCAGGAGGAGCCAAUCUGCCCCGUCAAGCAGACGUGUUUCCAGAUCGGGACCAUUUUGGACGUAUAUUCUACAACCAGGCAAACAUGUCGGCAUUAAACAUACCUCAGGUAGCAGUUGUGCUGGGAUCAUGUACGGCAGGGGGCGCUUAUGUGCCGGCAAUGGCUGAUGAAAGUAUUAUUGUCAAAAAACAGGGUACUAUCUUUCUAGGUGGACCUCCUUUGGUUAAGGCAGCUACAGGUGAGGAGGUGUCAGCAGAAGAUCUAGGAGGAGCUGACCUUCACUGUAGUAAAUCUGGUGUGACGGAUUAUUAUGCACAAGAUGAUGCCCAUGCUUUACAUCUAGCUAGAAAUGUCAUCAAAAAUAUUAAUUAUAACAAAGAGCCUCAGGUAACCAUUAUUUCACCAGAAGAGCCACUUUAUUCGGCAGAUGAGCUGUAUGGCAUUGUUGGGGGAAAUUUAAAAAAAACAUUUGAUAUCCGUGAAGUUAUAGCUCGGAUAGUUGAUUGCAGUAGGUUUGAUGAGUUUAAAGCUUUAUACGGGGAAACACUAGUCACUGGAUUUGCAAGGUUAUGGGGUUAUCCCGUUGGCAUUAUAGGUAACAAUGGUGUGCUCUUCUCAGAUUCGGCACUGAAGGGAACGCACUUCAUAGAGUUGUGUUGUAAAAGAAAUAUUCCUUUGAUAUUUCUACAGAAUAUUACGGGUUUUAUGGUGGGCAAAGAUGCUGAAGCAGGUGGUAUAGCCAAACAUGGAGCUAAAAUGGUCACCGCUGUUGCGUGUGCCAAAGUUCCAAAAUUUACUGUGAUAAUUGGAGGGUCAUAUGGGGCAGGCAACUAUGGAAUGUGUGGACGUUCAUACAGGGGUGAAAUGAUACAGUUAAACCCAUAUUGUGUUAAAAAGGACCCAGAUUAUGUGAAAAAUGGGUUAUUUUUCAAUGAAUGGACUGAGGAGGAAGAGAAAGCUUUGAAAGAUCCUGUGAUAAAAAAAUAUGAGAUUGAAGGAAGUCCGUAUUUCUCAAGUGCCAGGUUAUGGGAUGAUGGAGUAAUAGAUCCAGCGGACACGAGGAAUAUUCUUGGACUUUCAUUAAGUGCUUCUCUUAACGCACCCAGGCAAAAUACAACAUUUGGUGUUUUCCGGAUGUGAAGAGCGUGUAGUUAUUGUCAUGCACGGGUUUUUUUGUAUGUUACUGCAGUUAUAACAGUAAUGAGAUUAAGUUAGGACCACAAAAUAAUGUCCGUUAUCUUUUUUUGUUGCGGGCAUUUUAUUUCAUUUAUUUUUUUUUUUGUGGGAGAACAACAACAGCAGCAGAAGAAAUCGGACUAACUGACUUUACAUGUAAACUGUUAAUGACUUCAUCAAUGUGGUUUCUGAUAAUUACUACAGAGUACUUCAUGUUGACUUUCUUUCUAGCUAGAAUAUUUUACAUCUGGAAAAAUUAAUCAAAAAAAUGUGGCAUUUGUACAGUAUUUAGACUGUAAAAUUAAAAAGAAAAAUUAUUCUAAUGAGGUAUUCUACAAGCUGAUGCUUUUAGUUACAGUCGAUACAGUACUUAAGUGUAUACAGUACUAACCACAGGGGUACGGCUCAUUGAAUGUUCACAAAAUAUGUGUAGGCAGACAACAUUUAUCCAAAGUCAGACAUGAAUUCUUAGUUCAUCCCCAUUAGUCAAUAUGUGUAUACAUAUAUAUAUA